AUGGCGCAAUACCGCGCGCUGCACCCCAAGGGGAAGCCCCAGGCGCAUGAGUACACGGCGCUCGCUGCCUUCGUCCUCACGCGCUCCCCCGCCCCGCUUGCCGGCGAGCCGCAUGUGGUGGUGGUAGCGACGGGCACCAAGUGCACGGGGGGAGACGCGCGGUCAGCGGCGGGCGACGGGGUGAGCGACUGCCACGCGGAGAUCGUCGCUCGGCGCGCUCUGGUGAAGUGGAUGUAUGCGUGCAUUGAGCAGCUGCUGCACGCACGGCAGGGGCGCGCGCGCACGCAAGGCGAGGAGGGAGUGCGAGACAGGGGGCUCGCUGCAGCUGGUAGCGAUGGCGCCGCUGGUGGUGGCGCUGCUACCGGUGGUGGGAGCAGGAGGAAGGGAAAGCGGGCAUCAGGCGGAGCGGGAGGGGCAGUUUCGGUGAAUGCAGAGGACAACCCAUUCAUGCUGGUGGAGGGGUGUGGUGACGCUCACAGUGGUGCGAGCCGCGAGCAGCAGGGUUGUGGGAGCAAGGGGCAGGAGCGUGGAGCAGUGGCGGUGGCAUGGCGGCGUGGCUUCCACCUGCACCUCUACUGCUCCCAGCUGCCCUGUGGCGAUGCGUGCAUUGUGGAUGCUGCUGGCCCGCCACCACCGCACCACCCAUCAACGCCGCCUCCACUCGCCGCUGCUGCUGGGCCCUCGUCACCCGCUGCUCUCGCAUCUGGUCGCUCUGAGGGGGACCGUGAGGAAGGGAGGCAUGAGCGGCGGGAGGAAGGGGCGGAUGGGGAGUGUGUGAAUGAGGUGGCGGGGAGCACAGAGGCGGGCACGCCAAGGCAAGGUCCCAGCAGGCGGCUGGCAACAGGCGCCAAGGUCUUGCCUCCUCCGCCACCCCUCGCCCCCUCUCUUGACCACCGCUCCCCCGCUGCUCCCCUGGACGCUGCUGCUGAUGCAGCAGUGGCGUGCGGCAGCGGGAGGGCGAGGCAGCGGGAGCGCGAGGGCGGAGGGCAGCAGCAGGUGGUGGGGGUGGUGCGGCGCAAGCCAGGGCGGGGCGAGGCGACGCUGAGUGUGAGCUGCAGCGAUAAGAUGGCGCGCUGGAACGUGCUGGGCGUGCAGGGGGCCGUGCUGAGCCACGUGGUGUGCGCGCCCGUGUACAUCACGUCUGUCAUCCUCGCUGCGCCCCCGCCUCCCCACUCCUCCCCGCUCUCCUGUCCCAUCUGCUCUCCCCAACGCCUCUGCCCAUGCCUGGCUGCACCAAAGGGAGGAGAUGGGGUUGGUGGUGGGGGUGCAGGGAAGGGGGAGUGGCCGAGUGAGGCAGAUGCGAGUGGCACGGGGGGAGUUGGCAGGGAGGGGUCGGUGAAUGGACACGGGUGGGUAGGUGAGGGCGAGGAAGAGGGGGCAGGAGGAACAGCCGGAGGUGAAGGAAGCAGCACAGCUGGGCAGCAGAGAUGUUCAUGUGUGUUGAGUGCAGUGAAGCGAGCGUUGUACUGGCGACUGGUGAUGCCGGCAGCGCAGUGCGCAGGUGUAGAGAGCAGGGAUCACGGCGUGGGUGGCGGGACGUGCGAGAAUGCUUGCACAUGCACCCGGAGGAACGGGAGUGGAGAAUCGGGUGUUGAUUGCCAGGAGUGUGGUUGUGGUGCGGGGAAGAGGAGGAGGAGGGACAGCAGCAGUUGGCCACACUACCAUGUGCACCAGCCUGUCAUUCUGUGGGCACCGUCACCGCCCUCACAGCUGGCUCGCCAGCACGACUCGCUCACUGCAGUCGCCUGCGGGUUCUCGGUGCUGUGGGAUGCGGUGUCAGCGCAGCAGGAGGCGCUGAUAGGCACGUGUGGGCGGCGCCAGGGCACCUCCACACGGGGCGCUCUCUCGCCCUCCACCCGCUCCUCCAUCUGCCGAGCAUCACUGCUGGCUCGCUUCAAGGCUCUCCUGCCAUUCUUCCCGCACCACCUCUCCCUCGUCUCCUUGCCCUACCUGCACAUCAAGAGAGCUGCAGCAGCCUAUGACCAUGCACGUGCAGCGUUCCAUGCAGCCCCCUCUCCAUUUCACGAGUGGAUUGAGAAACCUCUGGUCUGGCAAAUGUUCACAUGA